AUGGCCAGCCGAUGGCUCGCCAGUCGCCGUGUAUUGGUCGUGCCCGGUGCGAUGAAAUCGGGAACCUGCUCGUUGCGAGCGCAGCUGCAGUGGAUGGCAAACGGGGACGACCUGUCCCUGCCCUCUCAGGAGCUUCAUUUCUUCGAUGAGGACGAGGAAUGGGCCCGUGGUCCUGCAUACUACGCCUCCUGGUUUGAAGACUGUUCGAUGAUCGGAGAUGUGACCCCGAGCUAUUUCUACAUCCCUGCAGCCAUCGAGCGCCUUGCAGACCAGCUCCCGCAAGCACAGCUUGUUGUUUUGUUGCGGAACCCCAUCGCUCGCGCAGUGAGCCACCAGAACCAUGACCACGACAAGAACCGCCCAGUCGGCAGCUUGUCGGAGCGCUAUCAAAAGGAGAUGGCAAGCUACGGCUCCCCUCCAAGCCGCUCGGACGCCUUCCGCCGGGGCCUCUAUGCAGAGCAGAUGGAGCGGCUCUUGCAUUUUUUCCCUGCAGACCAGGUGCUGGUGAUCAUCGCAGAGCGCUUUCGCAAGCAGCCGGAGAGAGAGCUUCGACGCGUCCGAGCCUUCUUGGGCCUGGAGAGCGUCUGGUUUCCUGCAGAAGCUCUGAUGGAAGAGCAUGUGCGCUAUGAGUACUCGGAGGUGCUGUCUGCGUCGCUGAGGGAGGAGCUGCGCCGCUUCUAUGCUGCCGAUGUCCAACACCUUCGGGGUCUGCUGGGAGAUCCUCUGAAAGACUGGGAUGCAGACUUCGCCACGUUCCGGCCCCCUGUCCUUCUGCGGCCCCGCUACGUUGUGUCCUGGCGGCCGGGCGGUUCAGAGUCGGCAGAGUCGGAAGCAUCGCUCGAGCUGGUCGAGAGGCGAAGGAGGAGCUUGGCAAAUCCCGUGCCCUGCGUCCAAGACACUGACCCGAAGAUCGUGACGCCAAACGUGAUCCACGCUCUGUCAGCUGGUACAUCAGGUCCUGUCAUUGCGAGCAUUCCGGAGGGGGCCGUGCAGGACUUCAACAUGAAGAAUCCAGCAUCUGCUGUCUGCCCGAACGAUCUGAUCCUGGCUGUCAAUGCAGUGGAGGGAGAGGUGAAGGCGAUUAUCCAACAGCUCCAGUCUUUGGACAAGACGCCUUUGACUCUGAAGAUUCUGCGGCCGCAGGAGAUGAAAAUCUCCAUGGGCAAAAAGCCCAACGCUUCCCUCGGCCUGCAGAUGAACUUCUCAUCCUUCUCUGCUGGGGCCGUGGUUGACAUGAUCGCCGAAUCAGGAGUGGCAUAUGGCUGGAACGAAUCGCAGCCGGAGGAGAAGAGGCUGCGGCGAGGAGACCGCCUGGUCGCCAUUGAUGGGCAAUACCUCAAAGGCGAGGAGAUGAUCGAAGCCCUCAAGCAGAAGAAGGGACAGGACUUCCGGGCUCUCGGGUUCAAGCCGUGCUCGGGCGGGGCUUGGGGCGCCAUGGCGCACAAGUCCAACCCCUACAAGAAGGCACGCUCGAAGUUCCGCUGGAAGUGGAAGAAGAAGCGCACGCGCCGCUUGCAGAAGAAGCGCCGAAAGAUGCGCUGGACCACCUUGACGUGCAUCAAUUCCCGACGUGAUGCCAGCUGGCAGAGAAAUCCAGAGACGGCCGGGGGAAAAGCCUUUAAGCAGCGUUGUACUGUAGGCCUGCAGAUGUCCUUGCUCACCCCAACACCGUCUGCGUCGGGCCCAGGCCAGGGCGCCCCAACUGGGCAGCACCUUUGCGUUGUGGUCAGGCCUCUUUCACGCUUUCGAGUGCGCGGUCUCGCAGCGGCACCUGGAUCCGCAAGGAGCUCGAAGUUCGCUGGAUGCGGCCUUCUGCGGCUUCCUGACGGCGGGGGUGCUCUCCAUCCGCCAGGGUCCGCGCGUGGCCUCCAUGAAUGCAGCGGUUGGCGCUUUCUGCGUGGCCCUCGUUGA